AUGGAUGCUUCUACAUUUUUUUUGGCCACACUGCUAACCGUCGUAGCUACUACAGUCAAUGGUCAAAUCACCACUCCAUGCACCAUGUCCAUGGUCGCAGGCUUUACUCCGUGUGUUAAUUACUUAACCGGGAGUGUUGCCAAUGGGAAAUCACCAUCCGUAAAUUGUUGUGAUGCAAUGGAGUCACUAAUGAGUACUAGUAUGGAUUGUACUUGUCUUAUAGUCACCGGAGGGGUUCCAUUCUCGUUACCAAGUCCAAUUAACCAAGCGUUAGCCAAUUCACUCUUACAAUCGUGUAAUUCCAAGAGCAUGCCCUUACAGUGUAAAGCUUCAGGUUUUACAUUACCACCUCCAGGUCCUAUGUUAUUUGCUCCUCCUCCUCCUCCCAAAGCUUUUGCACCUACAGCAUACUCUCCAGAAUUCCCACCAGGUGCAAGCGUUUCGGAGAUAAUGGUAGCGCGGCCACAUUUACAAAUGACUCAUGAUGUGUCUAUAGACAUGCCUGCUCGACUAGCAGAUCCACGAUCCACUUCAGGGAUCAGAUCAGUGAUCGCGACUUCAAAUUCAAUAUCGAUCUCAUCAUCAACCCUUGUUUUGGUAGUUAUAGCUGCAACUGCAAUUCAGCUAUAACUUUUGUUGACUAUGUGUAAUGAUUCCUUCAAGUUGCUAUGUAUUUUGAC